AUGAAUGUUCAGGCUUGCUCUAGGUGUGGCUAUGGGGUUUAUCCUGCUGAGAAGAUCAGCUGCAUAGAUCAGAUAUGGCAUAAAGCAUGUUUUCACUGUGAAGUCUGCAAGAUGAUGCUGUCUGUUAAUAACUUUGUGAGUCACCAGAAAAAGCCGUAUUGUCAUGCCCACAACCCUAAGAACAAUACGUUCACUAGUGUCUAUCAUAUUCCUUUAAAUCCAAAUGUGAAGAAGUCAUUGGGUGCCAUGGGUGGGAUCAGUGACCGAGUAGAUGAUGAACAGUUUAAAUCAGUUUUUCACUGGGACAUGAAAUCCACGGAUGGAGUAGGUGUACCUAACAACCAACCACUGGUGAAUGAGAGAGCCUACUGGCCUGGAUAUGGGGAAGGGAACACUUGGUGUCCAGGAGCUCUGCCAGACCCUGAAAUUGUCAGGAUGGUUGAGGCACGACAGUCUCUUGGUGAGGAAUACACAGAAGACUACGAGCAACAGAGGGGUAAAGGGAGUUUCCCAGCCAUGAUCACACCUGCUUAUCAAAGAGCCAAGAAAGCCAACCAACUGGCCAGCCAAGUGGAAUACAAGAGAGGGCAUGAUGAACACAUCUCCAAGUUCACCCCAGUGGCAGAUACCCCUGAACUCCUACGGGCCAAGGCUGGAGGACAGCUUCAAAGUGAUGUGAGAUACACAGAAGACUAUGAACAACAGAGAGGGAAAGGCAGUUUUCCUGCUAUGAUCACCCCUGCUUAUCAGAUAGCCAAAAGAGCCAAUGAGCUGGCAAGUGAUGUGAGGUACCAUCAACAAUAUCAACGAGAGAUGAGAGGAGUAGCUGGCUCAGCUACUGGAGCUGAGGGUACUUUGACAAAGGAAGGUGUAGUCCGGUAUGACCAGGGUUACUUGGAGGAGAAUGGAGAGCCCAGGGGAAAGGGCAGCUUCCCAGCCAUGAUCACCCCUGCUUAUCAGAAUGCCAAGAAGGCUAAUGAACUCGCCAGUGACCUCAAAUACAGACAGGACUUCCAUAAGAUGAAAGGCGCUGCGCAUUACCAUUCUCUCCCAGCUCAAGACAACUUGGUUCUUAAACGAGCUCAGAGUGUGAAUAAGCUUGUUAGUGAAAAUAAAUAUAAAGAAAACUACCAGACCCACAUGAGAGGCCACUAUGAAGGAGUUGGCAUGGAUAGACGCACUCUCCAUGCUCUGAAAGUUGGCAGUCUGGCCAGCAACAUUGCCUACAAGGCAGAUUAUAAACAUGACAUUGUAGACUACAACUAUCCAGCCACUCUUACUCCUUCCUACCAAACAACAAUGAAGCUGCUUCCCUUGAAAGAUGUCAACUACAGACAGAGCAUUGAUAAAUUCAAGUACAGCUCUAUAGCCAAUACACCACAAAUUAUUCAAGCCAAGAUCAAUGCCCAGCAACUGAGCCACGUGAAUUACCGUGCUGACUAUGAAAAAAAUAAGCUGAACUACACGUUACCACAGGAUGUACCUCAGCUGGUAAAGGCCAAGACCAAUGCUGAACUAUUCAGUGAGGUUAAGUACAAAGAAGGUUGGGAGAAGACAAAGGAGAAAGGAUUUGAGAUGAAGCUGGAUGCCAUGUCUCUGUUGGCCGCCAAAGCCUCGGGGGAGCUUGCUAGCAAUAUUAAAUACAGAGAAGAAUAUGAAAAGACAAAAGGAAAAGUCAUGGGAACAACUGACUCAAAGCUUCUGCACUCUCUGCAGGUGGCCAAGAUGAGCAGCGAGGUUGAAUAUAAGAAAGGCUUUGAAGAGAUUAAGACUCACUUUCACCUGCCCAUGGAUAUGGUGAAUAUCAGGCAUGCUAAGAAGGCCCAAGCUCUUGCCAGUGACCUGGACUAUAGGAAGAAAUUGCAUGAAUACACUGUGCUGCCUGAAGAUAUGAAGACUCAGUGGGCUAAGAAAGCCUAUGGGCUCCAGAGUGAGCUGCAGUACAAAGCUGACCUGGCAUGGAUGAAGGGAGUUGCGUGGCUGACUGAGGGGAGUCUCAACUUGCAACAGGCCAAGAAGGCUGGUCAGCUGGUCAGCGAGAAAAACUACCGGCAGAGGGUUGACGAGCUGAAGUUCACAAGUGUGGCUGAUAGCUCCCAGAUGGAGCACGCCAAGAAGAGCCAGGAGCUGCAGAGUGGGGUAGCCUACAAGGCAGGAAACGAACAAUCUGUCCAUCAGUACAGCAUCAGCAAGGAUGAGCCUCUCUUCUUGCAGGCCCGAGCCAAUGCUGCUCAUCUCAGUGAGAAACUAUACAAGAGUAGCUGGGAAAGCCAGAAGGCAAAAGGGUUUGAGCUGCGUCUUGACUCCUUAACCUUCCUGACAGCCAAAGCUAAGAGGGACCUAGCCAGUGAGGUAAAGUACAAGGAGGAUUAUGAGAGGUCCAGAGGGAAACUCAUUGGAGCAAAGAGUGCACAGGAUGAUUCGCAAAUGAGCCACUCACUGCAAAUGUCCAAGCUGCAGAGUGAACUGGAGUACAAAAAGGGCUUCGAGGACGCCAAAUCCCAGUGCCACGUCUCCCUGGACAUGGUCCACCUCACACAUGCCCGCCAAGCUCAGCACUUAGCCACAGACAUAGGCUACAGGACGACAUCCCAUCACUUUACAGCUUUGCCCACAGACAUGAAAGUGGAGUGGGCUAAGAAGGCAUAUGGCUUGCAGAGCGACAACCAAUACAAGGCAGACAUGAAGUGGAUGAAAGGCCUGGGCUGGGUCGCCACCGGGUCAUUAAAUGUGGAGCAGGCGAAGAAGGCAGGAGAGCUCAUUAGCGAGAAGAAGUACCGUCAGCAUCCAGAUGCUUUGAAGUUUACCAGUAUUAAAGACACUCCGGAGAUGGUCCAGGCCAGAAUUAGUUAUACCCAAGCAGUGGACAGGCUUUACAGGGAACAGGGAGAAAACAUAAAGCAUCAUUACACACAGACUGCUGACCUGCCUGAGGUUUUGCUGGCCAAGCUGAAUGCCAUGAACAUCAGUGAGACUCGUUAUAAGGAAUCCUGGAGCAAACUUCGAGACGGUGGAUAUAAGCUGAGGUUGGAUGCCAUUCCGUUCCAGGCAGCAAAGGCUUCUGGGGAAAUCAUAAGUGAUUACAAAUACAAAGAAGCAUUUGAGAGAUUGAAAGGACAGAUGCUCGGCUCCCGGAGCUUGGAGGAUGAUCUCAGCCUUGCACAUUCAGUGCACGCGACCUCUCUACAGAGCAAUGUGAACUACAAGAAAGGCUUUGAACACUCCAAGGCACACUUCCAUCUGCCGCUGGACAUGAUAACCCUGGUGCAUGCCAAGAAGGCUCAGGCCUUGGCCAGCGACCAGGAUUACAGACAUCCACUACCCCAGUAUACAUCUUUGGCAGAAGACCUGAGGCUAAGCUGUGCCAAGAAAGCUCAUAAGUUGCAAAGUGAGAAUCUGUACCGUUCAGACCUGAACUUUAUGCGGGGAGUUGCCUGUGUCGUUCCUGGCACAUUAGAGAUUGAAGGGAGAAAGAAAGCCUCAGAGCUCAUCAGUGAGAGAAACUACCGUCAGCAUCCUGGAUCAUUCAAGUACACAGCGGUGACAGACACUCCCAACCUCCUGCAUGCCAAGUUCAGCAGCCAGAUUACCAAUGAGCGUCUCUACAAAGCGGCCGGAGAGGAUGCUCGACACCAGUACACAGUGACCGUGGGUCUGCCUGAGUUUAUCCGAGCAAAAACCAAUGCAGCCAAUCUGAGUGACGCAAAAUACAAGGAGGCCUGGCGUAAUCUCCGUGCUCAAGGCUACAAGCUGACAGCCGAUGCUCUCCCCUUCCAGGCUGCGAGAGCCUCUGGAGACAUCGCCAGCGAUUUUCUCUACAGACAUGACUUUGUGAAGGAACGAGGGAGGCUCCUUGGGGUCCGGAGUGUAAGUGAUGACCCUCGGCUUCAGCACUGCCAGAGGAUGGGCCAGCUACAAAGUGACCAUCACUACCGGAGGGAGGCAGCCAGCAGCCAAUCCCAGUGCCACCUGCCCAGGGACAUGCUGCACCUGGUCCACGCUAGGAAGGCCCAGGCUCUGGCCAGUGAUCACGACUACCGGACACAGUACCAUGAAUUCACAUCGCUACCUGAGGACCUGAAGAUGGCUUGGGCCAAGAAAGCCCAUGCUCUGCAGAGCGAGUUUCACUACAAGUCAGACCUAGAAGGCAUGAAGGGGACCGGAUGGCUGGCACUGAGAUCCCCACAGAUGGAGAGUGCAAAGAAGGCGGGAAAACUCAUCAGUGAGAGUAAAUACCGUACCAAACCAGACAGCAUGAAGUUCACCACAGUGGUUGAUUCCCCAGACCUGGUUCAUGCUCAAAAUAGCUAUAUACACUGCAAUGAGCGCCUGUACAGAGCUGGAGACGCAGAAUCCCUGCACAGAUACACCCUGAUUCCUGACCAUCCUGAAUUCACCAGAGCUCGCCUCAACGCGCGGCACCUGAGUGAUAAAGUCUACAGAAAGUCUUGGGAGCAGAACCGGGCUGGUGGCUAUGACUUCAGGCUGGAUGCCAUCCCGUUCCAGACUGCCCGGGUGUCCAGGGAGAUCGCCAGUGACUUCCGGUACAAAGAGGCCUUCCUGCGCGACCGUGGUCUGCAGAUUGGGUACCGCAGCAUCCAUGAUGACCCAAGGAUGAGACAUUUCCUCAACGUCAGCAGGCUCCAGAGUGACAACGAGUACAAGAAGGACUUUGCCAUGAGUCGGUCCCAGUUCCACAGCCGCCCAGACCAGCCUGGCUUCCUCCAGGCUAAGAGAAGCCAGCAACUGGCCAGUGAUGUGAACUACAGGCAGCCCCUGCCACAGCCCACCUGUGACCCAGAGCAGCUGAGCCUGAAGCAUGCGCAGAAAGCUCACCAGCUGCAGAGUGAUGUCAAGUACAAAUCCGAUCUGAACCUGACCCGAGGUGUUGGCUGGACCCCUCCCGGUUCCUACAAAGUAGAAAUGGCUCGGCGGGCUGCAGAACUGGCCAAUGCAAGGGCGCUGGGUCUCCGGGGAGCUUGUGGGGGGCUGGAGGCAGUGGAGACUGAAGAUCAUCCACAUGGGCAGGUGAACCCAGAUGCCACUGAGAUUCUGCAUGUCAAAAGGAAGAAGGCUCUGCUGCUGUGAGGGAACUGAGAGAGAAACCACAGUGGAAGUUUGCUAGCCAGAAAUGUGAUUUAGAUGGCUUUGGUGGGGGCAAGCUGUUAAAACAGCAUAGCAGCCCAUCCCCAGAUCUGUCGUCAUUAAAUGACAACUCUGAGAGCAAAUGGAAAUUGUGUUUUGGUCUUCUUUCCAGGACAGUGGUUGGGAGGGAAGCAAAUGUUUACAUUUUACAUUGGUUGCAUCCUUUUGGGGGUCCCUGGGCGGGGUGGGGAGGAGAAGGAGUCUGAUUUAAAUGG